AUGAGAAUUGAGGGAAAAGUGGAAGAGUAUUCAGAAAAUGACCAGUAUGGAUUUAGAAGGCAAACAGUUACACGAGGAACAAUUCUAGGACUACUGGUGUUGAUUGAAAAGCAGAUUAAAAAAAAUAAAACUACAUAUUUGGCCUUUAAAGAUUUAGAAAAAAAUAUUCAACAACGUAAACUGUAAUAAAAUACUUAUUUCACUACGAGGAAUAGGUAAUGAACAACAGGACCUAAGGAUAAUCCAUAGUCUGUACAAAAAUCAGACAGCCAGUAUUGAAAAGGGAGAAGUAACUACUACCGCACAGAUGAAAAAAAGGAGUCUUACAAGGAUGUACGUUAUCACCUCCACUUUUCAAUUGUUGCAUCGAAGAUACUAUAAAUGAAGUAAAAGUAAAGUUAAUAGGACUAAAUAUUGGAGUCAUAAUUGGAGGGCAAAAUGUCUCAAUGAUAAGAUUUGCAGAUGAUAUUGUGAUGAUAGCUGAUAGUGAAGGUGGCAUACAGCGUGCAGUGGAUAAAAUGACUGAAAUCUUCAGAAUAUUAGAAAUGAAAAUAAAUAGCAAAAAAAUGAAGAUUUUAGUAUGUACCAAAGACCCAAAAAUAAAAGCCAAGAUUUACAUAGGUCGUAAAAAAUUAGAGCAGGUAGAAGAAAUGGUGUAUCUGGGAAGUAAAAUAACAUAUAAUUGUAAGAGCACCAGAGAAACCAAACAGCGUAUUUCAUUGGCAAAAAUUGCUGUCAGCAAGAAACACAAACUAUUCACGUCAACAAAGCUGCUACUCAAUAUCAAGAAGGGGCUCAUUAAAACAUAUGUAUGGAGUGUUGCAGCAUAUGGAAGUGAGACGUGGGCCAUAAAUAAUGUUAAAAAGAAAAACUGGAAGCUUUUGUAUGGAAGGGAUAAGUUUGAUGGAGAGAAAAACAAAUGA